GUUGACCUUGAAGUAUCGUUGCAUGAGGAAGAAACAAUGGAGAUGAUAAUGUCUAUGAUUGAGUUGAGACUUUAUCAUUUUACCUAGUUUCCAAAUAUAUUUAUAGGUUAGUGUAGAGACAGAUGCAACAUCGUACAUGGACAGAUUGAUUUUGUGUUGUUGGCCUUUGGUUUGUUUAUUUAGGAUAUAAAAAUACUGAAAUCGAAAAACAAGAGCACGUGCAUCGGAAUUUUCAUUUAGGCUUUGUUCAGUUAAAUCUGUCGAUAGUUUGAUACGUCAGAUCCGCCAUGGACGCAGCUUCGGAGACCUUUGUCUGAUUUCCGCUUUCUUUGGUUUUCACUCGUAAUGCGACUGAGUCCUACUCCGAGGCAUAACCCUGUUUUUCCAACAAAAUCUCCAUUUCUCAGUCUCUCGUUCUCAAACCAUGAAAACGAGACAGAUCUUUGGUGUGUCUCUCUCCCUCAUUCUUAUCAACCUUGCUGCUGUAAUGGAGAAGGCGGAUGAAAACCUUCUUCCAUCUGUCUACAAAGAAGUUAGUGAAGCAUUUAAUGCGGGGCCAUCUGACUUGGGUUACCUCACAUUCAUAAGAAACUUUGUUCAGGGACUGUCUUCUCCUCUGGCUGGUAUACUCGUUAUCAACUACGAUCGCCCAACGGUUCUUGCUAUGGGCACUUUCUGCUGGGCGUUAUCUACAGCUGCAGUGGGUGUUUGCCACAAUUUUCUGCAGGUUGCAUUCUGGAGAGCAAUAAAUGGCUUUGGUUUGGCAAUUGUGAUUCCAGCACUCCAGUCUUUCAUUGCUGAUAGCUACAGGGACGGAGUGAGAGGAACUGGGUUUGGAUUGCUGAGUCUCAUUGGUAACUUAGGAGGCAUAGGAGGUGGUGUUGUGGCUACUGUCAUGGCUGGAAAACAGUUUUGGGGCCUAGAAGGAUGGCGAUGUGCAUUCGUUUUGAUGGCAACUUUGAGUGCAUUAAUUGGAUUCCUUGUUUUACUAUAUGUUGUUGACCCAAGAAAAAGAUUUCCUACCACUCGAGAUGCUAGUGAGAGUUCAGACAGCAGAGAUGAUUCUAUCUAUAAAGGCAAUGCUAGUGCAGCAUCAAUCUGGAUGGACUCUUGGGCAGCCACAAAAGCUGUGAUAAAAGUGAAAACAUUUCAAAUAAUUGUCUUACAGGGCAUUAUUGGGUCACUGCCGUGGACUGCCAUGGUGUUUUUCACAAUGUGGUUCGAACUAAUUGGUUUUGAUAACAAUACUUCAGCAAGCCUCCUUGGUCUUUUUGCCAUUGGAUGUGCCAUGGGAUCUUUGAUAGGUGGAUCAAUAGCUGAUCGAUUAACACAAGUCUACCCUCAUUCUGCUCGAACCAUGUGCGCACAGUUUAGUGCCUUUAUGGGCAUUCCAUUCUCAUGGAUUCUUCUCAGGAUGAUCCCUCAGUCAGUAAGUAGUUUUCUUACCUUUUCUGUGACCCUCUUUGUGAUGGGUCUAACAAUCAGCUGGAACGGUACGGCUGCAAAUGCUCCUAUGUUUGCUGAGGUAGUCCCUGUCAAGCACCGUACCAUGAUUUAUGCAUUUGAUCGAGCUUUUGAAGUCUCGUUUUCUUCUAUAGCGGCUCCGCUGGUUGGGAUUCUUUCUGAGAAAACGUUUGGCUAUAACUCAAAGUCCGUUGAUCCCAUCAAAGGAUCUUCACCAGAGGCUCUUGCCUUGUCAAAGGGCAUUCUUUCCAUGAUGGCUGUUCCAUUUGGGUUGUGUUGUUUAUGCUACACCCCUCUAUAUUACAUAUUUAAGCAGGACCGUGAAAAUGCUAGAAUGCUUGCUGUGAAAGAGGAGGAGAUGAUGUGAGACUCACUUGUUUAAGACUGAUAGAUCAUGUCAAAAGGAGCCAGUGGAAUCAUCUUCCGCAGUACACACGAAACCAGUGAGACCUACUUCGAACAAUGACCUCAUUUUGAUUUUGAUUUUAAGAAUCCAGAUUAAUUAAUCAAGCUCUCAUGUCGUGGCGAGGCUUCUUACUGAGGAUUGAACUACUUUCUGACUUCUUAGCCAUUGCUUAUUCUUGACAUGGUAUAUCUAGCUGAAUGAUCAGAAAUUUCAGGAAAUUAGGAUAAUGAAACAGGCCCACACAUUUCUGUGUUCAGAUUGUUUUCCUAGGAUUGUACACUAUAAAAUACACACAAGUAAAUUUGUAUGGUUGGUACACGGAAGAAUCCUAAUGACAAUGAAGCACUUUUUGAAUGGAUUCAA